AUGGCUGCUCCGGUACCCACAGUCCCCUCUGUCAAGCAAUCCUUCAUCGCCGCCCAAAUCACCAUUCUCGCUCAGCCGCCAGUGCCGUCUCACGCCUGGCGCGCCGCCAACACCGCCUCUGAUCACCCCAUCCCGCCACGCGCCCUCGACGACGCCCUCUCGGCACUCGCCCACGCCAUACAGCAGCAUUGCCGCCGUGUUUACCCGCCCCAGGCCACCCGCAAUGUCGCCGACCAGAUAGCCAGCGCCUAUGCGCGCGACGCCGAGCGCAAGGUCGGCGCCGAGGGCGACGUCGAUGGCGCUGUCCUAAAGGAGCUCGACCUGUCCGACGAUGUCGUCAUCGAAGCGCUCCCGCCCUCGUGGCCCCUGGAUAGAGAAAUAAACGAUUACCCCAUGGAGGCGAAGCGAUAUGUCGAGGCCGCGUCCCGGCUCACACGCCUCAACGAGGAGCGCAAAACCCUAAGGCAGCGUGUCGAGAGGCUUCGCCGCCUUAAGGGAAGCGUCGAUCCCUUCCGCACCACAGAUGGCGCCGGCGUACAGGAGAACCUGAUCACUCGCAAUGGCCCCGUAGAGGUGGAGCUGGAGAGGAUGCGCUUUCUGCUGGCUCGCGUCGCUGGCCGGAUGAGCGAGCUACCAGCCACUUCUCCGGGCAGCCGGAUAAUUGAGCUUGCCUCUAUGGGUGGCGCCAGGAAGAGGGCCGUCGACGAGUUCCUUGCGGACGCACACGUUUUCCCGUCCUGA